AUGUUUGAGGUUUGCAGAUCACAUGUGUUUCAGGUGACAGUUCGAGAAGCGCUAUUCGAUGGGUAUCAUGAUCCGUUGAUUGAUCUUGUUUGUCGACGUCAGAUUCUGGAACAGCUGUGCAAAGCUUUGAGCAUUCCUCAGCGCAUCGGAUUUUUCUACAAGCAGAAUAACACGGAUGAUGGUCUAUAUCAAGUUUCGACUGGUCUCAACGAACCUUGGAAUAUCGGGCAGGUACGAUCUCACCUUAUUCUUAUUGAUAUCUGGGAUAUCUAA